AUGGGAAAUAUUUUUGGAUCUUCGAAGCUAAAAGAUGAUAAUCUUGAAACGUUUCAUCUUGUCUGGCUUGAUCCAGCAGCCGAUGAUACCGUUGAAGACAAGGAAGGCCAACAACUACUUCGUACAUCAAUUAAUCAUUUAAGAAAAUUUAAAGAUGCAGAAAAAUGUGAACAUUAUAUUCAAAAUGUAUCAAAAAGUGAUCGAAUUAUUUUUAUUGUUACUGGUCGAUUGGGCCAAGAAAUAAUGCCACGCAUUCAUCAACUUCGGCAAAUUUCAUCCAUCUACAUAUACUGCAUGGAGAAGAGCUAUCAUGAAGAAUGGUCAAAAGAGUUUACAAAAGUCAGAGGCGUCAUUGUAGAAUUAGAAGAUCUUGUGGCAAAAAUUCGAUUAGAUCAAACAACACGAAUUCGUAACAAAGUGGACGAACCACUCUCUAUCAGUAUUUUUGAUCCCAAUAUCGAUAGCGGACAAUGGACGAUAGGAUCCAAUACUCAAUUUAUUUAUUCACAGUUAUUGAUUGAUUUUUUUCUUCGUAUGAAAUCAACAACUAAAGAUAAGACUGAUCUUAUUUCUUUGUGUCAGAAGGAAUAUUUGAAUAACAAACCUGAAUUAGCCGUAGUUUAUGAAUUUCAACGAGAUUAUCAACCAGAACGUGCACUAUGGUGGUUUACUCGAGAUUCGUUUCUUUCACGAUUAUUGAACAAAGCUCUUCGAGUACAAAAUACGAAUUUGCUUUUACUCUUUCGAUUUUUUAUUCAUGAUAUCGAACGACAACUUCGAAGUUAUCAAUGCACAUCCGUUAUGUAUGUCUAUCGAAGUCAAUUGAUGUCGGAUGAAGAAUUGCAAAUAUUCAAGGACUCAAUUGGUAAAUUCAUCGCCAUGAAUUCGUUUCUUUCUACUAUACUAAAUCGUGACCAAGCUAUUAAUUUCGUCAAGACUCUCCUUCCAGUAAAUGAACUACAACACACUUUAUUCGAAAUUGAAGCUGAUCCUCAAUUAGCUACUAGUAAACCAUUUGCUAAUAUAACAGCAUAUGGUUACAAUGCAUAUGAAGAAGUUCUCUUUAUGGCCGGAUCCAUCUUUCGAUUAAUCGACGUUUGCUGUGAUGGCGAUCAAAUAUGGAUUAUUCGAAUGAAAUUAUGCCAUGAAGACGAUCAGAAUUUGAAAACAACUUUUGAUUAUAUCAAAAAGAAUCAAAAUGAAGAAACAAAUCUAUUUUCAUUUAUUAAUAUUCUACAACGAUUGGAAAAAUUUGAUGAAGCGGAAAACUAUUGUCUUCGUUUAUCUGAUGAAAUACCCCGCAAUGAGUAUGAUCUUGCUGUGUGCUAUGAUAUUCUUGGAAGUCUUGCACAUAAAAAAAAUGAUUUGGAAAAAAGUAUAACAUGGUAUAAAAAAUCGAUCGAGUGUGCCACCCGAAGUCCACAACUCCGUAAUCCUCGUUUGACAACUACUUAUACUGCGAUUGCAGCCAUCUAUCGGCAAAAAGGCGAUUAUAAACAGGCACUUGAAUUAUACAACAAAGCGUUAACAACUGCAAAAGAAGUAUUCGGUGAAGAACAUCUUUGCAUAGCUGAAUAUUAUACAAAUGUUGGUACAGUCUACCAAAAUGCUAAACAAUGGUUUGAAGCUCUGGAUUAUUAUGUGAAAGCAUUAGUAAUUCUAUAUAAACAAUCGUCGAUGGAACAUACUCAAAUCAGCCUAUUGCUCAAUAAUAUGGCUGAUUGCCAUGCUGACCUUGGUCUUUAUGAUUUGGCUUUAGCACACUAUAAAUUAUCGUUAGAAACAUUAGAGGCAUCACAGUUGCCACAAAAUCGACAUAUGGCAACGACAUUUCAGAAAAUAGGCUGUGUUUACGAGAAGAAAAAUGAUUUUCAGCAAACUCUAUCGAAUUAUGAACGAGCAGUCAGCAUUUAUCGUCACGCUCUCUUACCAACACAUCCAACUUUUAUCCAACUUGAACAAGAUAUUCAACGCAUUUCAUCCCAACUUAAAUAA